AUGAGUGAUUCGUCUGAUGAGGAAGAGUCCUCCGGGGGUGUAACCCACAAAGGUGAUGAGUACAGGAAGGAAAAGAGGAGGAGAGAAGGGGGCAGAGCAAGGGAGAAGAGGAGCACCAGCAGAGGAAGACGCGCCAAGAGGGAGGCAUCCUACUCUUCUGUCUCCCCAUCGUCCGCUUCAUAUUCCACCUCAUCUUCCCCCCGAUCGGUUAGCUCUUCCUCCGACUCCGUGUCGUCUUCUCCGUCAAGAGAGCGACGCAGGGGGAAGAGACGUAGAAGAAGCAAAAGCAGCGACAGAAGUGAAAGCAGCAGCGAAAGAAGUGAACGCAGCAGCGGUGGAGAACGGGCGCGCGAGAAAGCCAAACGAAGGAAGGAGCGGAAAAAAGGGAAAGAUCGAGAGUCACGCCGACGCAAGAAGAAGAAACGGGAGAAAACAGUUUUACCCUCCCCACCGAGUAAAAACACUCUCACCGUUAAAGAACUCAAAAAGGAGAGAGAAAAUCUGAUGCAAAAGCAUUUCAAUUACACAGACGAGUGCAACCCCUUCGGAGACAACUCGCUCUCUACGCCAUUCGUAUGGAAACUCAAAAAUAAGUAUGAUCAAAUAAAAUAUAAUCACAAAGUUAAAGUAACCACAACCAGCUUGCUCCAAAAUUCUCUCGCAAAGAUAAGUGAAAUUGAACAAGUAAAAAAAAGGAGACAAGAAAGAGACAAUGAAAGAGCCAUGUUAGAAGACUAUCGCUUGCAGUUAGAAAAGCAAAGGAAUCAAAUCAACAUUAAGGAUUACCUGAAAAAGGAACAACUCUUUUUCAUUAACCAGCAAAUUAAAUCAUCUGAUAUCAGAAUAGAACACAAUUUCCUACAGCUACCUGAUAUUUUUAGGCUGGCCAUGAUGAUUGUUAAUCGCGAGCAGGUGAAGAAGAUACGACCUGCUCUCUACCGCAUCCCCUUUCACGUCCUUUUGGAGGGGCAAACCGAAUGGGAGCUGGAAAAUUGCACCAAGCAAAUAAAGCUAUUACUCCAGCACGAUGCACUGGAAAACGGUGGGAAAUUUAAACGCUAUUGGGAGUCCCUCCUGUUCUUCUGUGGGCACUUCUUAGAUCAGGUACGAGAGAAGGAGCUGCCCGCCAAGGACGCAAAGGAAACAGAUUUGAAAAACCUAGAAACGAAAACGGACAAGCAAAUACAAGCCUUCCUCGAAAAUAAGAAUUAUGAAGAGUUAGUGACAUGUGAAGAAAAAAUUAAACAAAAAGUGAUUUCACAGUGUGAGGACCUCUCAGAUGAAGUGUACUGGAACAGGGUCCUCCUGAAGAUACCCUACUUUAAGGCCAAGAAUGUGUUGCUGCAUUUCCAUGCCAAGCUGCGCAAGAGGAUUAGCCUUAGUGAUGCCCACUCGGAGGACAGCGACAGUGUUAGCCACAGUCGCAGCCACAGCCCAAUUGAAAAAACUACUCACCGUGAGCACCCCGCCGAAGAGGACGAAGGUAGGGGGGGUAAGGUAACAACCACCAUGCCAUUCGAAUGCCACAGCCCGAAGCUAAUCCACCCAGCAAGUCUCACCCAAAUGGAAAUCCCAAGCGAGACGCAUAUCUACACAGCGGAGGAGGAACUCCAGGAGAGACUCAAAAUGAAUAAUGACAUAUGGAAUAGACUGAGGAUGGAAGAAGAAGGAAAAUCAGACCCCAGUGGAGAGAAUAGGGGGUACUUCAAAGGGGACCACGUAGGACAGGUCGAUGUUAACAUCAGUGCGGAACAGGCCCUCCUGAGGAAACUCUUCGCGAAGGAUCAAGAAGUAUAUAACCGUUUUGUACAGAGGGAGAAGAACAAAGGGCGCGCGGGAGAAAUCACAAUGAAGGAUGUGUCUCACCAUCACCACAACACACCUCACUCAUCCUAUCCUAAUCCUUUAAGGAGCAGCCUCCCAUUAUCUUCAGAAGCCCUCCUUGCAACCAGGAAGCCUCUCUACUUCAAUCGAAUAAAAACGUCCUUUGACUGGAACAAAUAUAAUAAAACCCAUUAUGAUUAUGAAAACCCACCCCCAAAAUAUAUAUGUGGUUAUAAAUUCAAUAUUUUUUACUUGAAUUUGCUUAAUAAGAAGGAUAAGCCUUCGUGGAAGUUGCAGCCUACAGAUGAUGAGAGUACAGUUCUAAUCGUUUUUCAUGGCGGAGCUCCGUACCUGGACAUUGCCUUCCAGAUUGUGAACGCGGAGUGGUCAUAUGACAAGCACAGGGGCUUCCGCAACGUGUUCGAUAAAGGCAUACUCCAGCUGUACUUUAACUUUAAAAAGAAGAGGUACCGUCGCUGA